UAUAACUAAAGUAUAUAUAUUGGCAUGGAGUACAACGAAUGGAUACAUGAGUUUGUACUCAGUAUUAUUUUAUACCUAACGAUGCUAAGUUCUCAACUACCUUAAUUCCCAUAUUUAUAGUUUGAUAAACGUGUUUAGUCACUCCCUAUGCCCCUACAAGUGGACAAAUUCAUCCCUCCCCCAAACUUCUCUACAACCACCACAAAAAGAUGAUUUAAACUCCAUUGAAAUCCCACUUAACCACAAGCGCGCCUAAAUUGAAUGAACCAAUCUUUUAGGGAUGACCUUAAAAUGAGAUAUAGGACAAAUCAUUGAUAAUAUAUUUUUUUUGAACAACCCAUUCAUACUGUGGUUCAAAUACUUUGACAUUUAAACUUUAGAAGAAUCAGUCAAGUUACUUAAAAAUUAUUAAACCCAAAGCAUUGGCCGAGUUACAUACCUACAAGUCUACAACUAUACAAAAUUACAAGAAAGUUAGGAUAAUAUACAUUUACCGAAAAAGAUGCACCAAACAAAAAACACACAAUAUACCAAAAAAAACUUCCAUCACAUCCAUGACACAUUGACACCCACAACAUAAUAACACUAUAUUUUUAUAACAAUUUCUAUCUACAAUAAAUAAUCAAAAGCAAAAGGUUCCAAAGUUGGCCAACGCUGAAAAAACCAAAUGGAAUACCAACCACCUUCUUCUUCGAAGACGGAAGAGCUUGACUUUCCACUCCACGCAAUCGGGUUCGAAAUCGACGAAGUGUCUCCCGCUAAAGUCACCGGACGUCUUCUAGUCACCUACAAAUGUUGCCAGCCAUUCAAGGUGUUACAUGGAGGAGUAUCGGCGUUGAUAUCAGAAUCAUUGGCGAGUAUGGGAGCACAUCUAGCAAGUGGGCUAAAGCGAGUGGCUGGAAUCCACCUUAGCAUAAACCAUGUGAAGCGGGCUGAGCUAGGUGACCUUGUUCUUGCGGAGGCCGUUCCCAUCACACUUGGCCGUACCAUUCAGGUGUGGGAAGUGCAACUAUGGAAAACAAACCCCAACAACUCAGAGAGCAAAUCCUUGGUAUCAUCUUCCCGUGUAACUCUGAUUUGCAACCUUCCUGUGCCAGAACAUGCAAAGGAUGCAGACAAACAUCUUCGAAAAUAUGCCAAGUUAUGAGUUUCAAGUGAUCGGUAACACAAGACUGUAGAUGAUGAAGUUGACAUGUUGGUGUAUAUAAAUGGUCUAAACCCAGAUCACUCCCAACUCACACGACACAAGAAGGCUAGCAGCAUUGCGCCAUUGUUAUUUUCUCUCGUCCGAUCCCCUGUCUGAGGGGUGGUACAUAGUUGGACGAGUGGAUCAUUCUGACUUGGUAACUUAAAGAUGAUGAUGAUAAUUUAAACAUUUGGAUUGAAUGCAUCAAAUCAUUGAGGUUAUUACAUUAUUAUGCAAUACUUUCUCAAAAGAUCCACCUUCUGUUACUCGUACUCUUAC